AAUUGUUUCACUCAAAUCAUCAUUAAUUAUAUUGAUCUAUAGAGAAAAAAUUCGACGUAAAAAUAAAACAGUGAAAACAGUAUUUGUCUUUCACCAAGUUGACAAAAUUUUUUUUUCAACGAUUCAUUACGAAUUUUUUUGUUUUAUUGUUGUACAAUAAUAAUUUAUGCAAUUUAGGAUUCAUUGAUCGAUUGAUUGAUUCGAUCGAUCGUUUGUUUGUUUGAAUUGAUCAUGACUGAACAUUUGUAAUGUGUGUAUCGAUUAUCGAACUCUGAAAUCACACGAUUGGCAAAAGAAAAUAAAACAAAACAAGUGAAUCUCAUUAUUCAACGUUAAAUCAAUUUCUCUUUAUUCAAUAAGAAAAAAAAUGGAAAAUCAAAAUGAUGAUGAUGGUUUUGCCAUUAUUGAAAAUGCAAAAGAUGCAUUAAAAGAACAUCAUCAUGAACAACGACAAUCAUCUGAAUCGAUAAAAUCGAAUAAUCUACAACAACCACAACAACAACAACAACAACAUAGAACUAUCGAUGAAAGAAUUGUAAACAAUUAUUAUCUUGAAGAAUACAUGUCACUGGAAAAUGUUAAAGCAUUGAAACAAAAUGCCCUAAAAUGUGGUUUACGAAGUUAUCGAUUUCGUUCAAUUGCUUGGAGUAUAUUUCUUGAAAGUUUACCAGAAAAAUCCGAAGAACGUAUCCAACAUAUUCGUUCAAUGCGUUCAAAAUAUCAAGAAUUACAAAAUAAAUAUCGUCAUGAUCCACGAAAAUUUCAAACAGAUGAAAAAACCGAUGAUAAUCCAUUGUCGCAAGAUGAAACGAGCCAUUGGAAUCAAUAUUUCUCCGACGAUGAACUGCAAUCACGAAUAAAGAAGGAUGUUGUCCGUGCGUUUCCGGAUAUAAAUUUUUUUCAAGGAGAAAAAAUUCAACGUAUCAUGGUCGAUAUAUUGUUCAAUUAUGCCAGAGAAAAUUCACAUAUCGAAUAUAAACAAGGAAUGCAUGAAAUAUUGGCACCAAUUAUUUUUGUCAUCCAUUCAGAUCAUCAAUCAUUUUUGUUUGCUCAAGAAAAUGGUCUCGAUGAAGAAGAAAUCAAAGAAUUAAUGGAUUCUAAAUAUUUGGAACAUGAUUCUUAUUUUUUAUUUGCUUAUAUAAUGGAACGUAUCGAAUCCUGGUAUGAUAAUAAUUCGAUAAAAACAAUUCGUAAAAAUGAAUACGUCAAUAUGGAACCAUUCUCGAAUGAUGUUGAUUUUAAUUGUUAUUCAAAAAUUGGUAUCAAAUUGAAAAUGAUUACCGAACAAAUUUUACGGCGACAUGAUGAAAAAUUAUUUACACAUCUGAAAGAAUUGAAAAUUGCUCCACAAAUCUAUGGUAUACGUUGGAUGCGUCUGUUGUUUAUACGUGAAUUUCAAAUGCAAGAUCUUCUAGUGCUUUGGGAUGCAAUAUUUGCUCAUGAUUUUUCACUUUGUGAUUAUAUUUUCACUGCAAUGUUAACCGUUAUACGUAGCCUAUUGUUACCAUGUGAUUAUGCUGAAUGUCUUAAUCAUUUGAUGCGUUAUCCAUCCGUUUGUGAUGUACAUUAUGUCAUUCAUUUAGCAUUACAUUAUCGUGAUCCAAUAAAUUAUCCUGAACCGAUUGAACAUUCAACACUGGUACUGCCGAAUCCAAAUGCAAUCAAAGUACAAAUGGCAAAUCGAUUACCACCAUCAUCAUCAAUGAAUGGUAAUGGAAAAUCUAUACAAUCUUAUCAGACAAUGACAAAUAGUUCUUCUAAUUAUGAACAAUCCAAACAUUCCAAAUCGAAUGAAUUACGUAAUGUUUCAUUCGAAUGGAUCGAAGAUAAAUUGGUCAAAUUACAAGGCUAUGAUGGAAAUAAUCAUCGACCAUCAGUUGAUUGUUGUCAAGAAUUAUCACAAGAAAUUCAAAAACUUAAAUAUAAAACUGAUUUCUGUGCUCGAUACAUGACCAAACAUUUGGAGAUAAUACAAAAAUUUGUCAAUCAAUGUUCAACAACACAUAAUAAUCAACAAUCAAAUUCAAAUAGUAAUCAACAGCUGAAUUCGGAUCAGAAUCCAACGGAACAUGAUUUUGAAUCUAGUAUGGAUAAUGUUUUGAUUUCAAUAGCUGAAUUGAAGAAAAUUCGUGACAUUUUACGUGGAACGAUAGCUCUAUGAAUGAAUUUAUUUUUAUUUUUUUUUUUUGAACAUUAAAAAAUCUGCAUGAAUGGCAUCCAUUUUUGUUUCUAUUUCGUUAUCUAUGAUUUUUACUAUUACUAUUAUUUCUGUUAUCUUCACCCAUUUUUGCAAACAAAAACAGACAUUGAUUAUUUUUUUUUCUCCUUACAAAAAUACAAAUG